UACUUGUCAGGCGUGGACUUUCAAAACAAAUGUUUUCCUGGAUUGAAACUGGAUAAGCCACUCUCAUUACAACAGUACUACGACGUGUUUAUGGUCGCACUACAAAAGGGAGAAAUAGUCAAUAUCUCAGCAACGUCACCCUUCCAAUUGGGACCAAUGACUCCGUCUUCGUUCAGAGAAGUCUAUGCAGUCAAAAUAAAGUCAUCGCCAUCACCACUAUGUAGUUCGGGAAGUUUUUCACGACGUAGCGGGACAAUCAAAACCCCCAAAAACUCUUCGCCGAUGACACAAAAGUUCAUGAUGAACUACGGAAACUCUCCACUACUGAGGGCGUGCUCAAGUGAUUUGGAUUUGACACAGAGUAUGGUCACUAAAUUGACUACACCAGUCGAUUUCAUUGGAAGAAAAGAGGACAAAGACACCAAUUCAUGUGUUGCAGAAUCGGUGUGUAUUGAGUUACUCCAUUCGAGUCGUUCAAUACAAGAGAGUCAAGUUGUCACUGACGUCCCAAGCCAAGCUAACAUCCCGAUCAUUCCGGUCCCAAUUCGAAAGAUAGAUACAGACAAUGAAAACAAGGAAUUCGCUCCCAUUUUCAUAUUCGACGAGUGA